AUGGGAAAUAAAUGCAGUUGUAUAGAGAUUAGUAAUGAAAAAUAUAAAUGCCUACAAGAUGAGGGAUACUUGAAAACUCAUGGAUUUCAAUCAAUGGGUUUAGAAGGAUUAGAAACAAAUAUAAUAGAGUCAAAUGAAGAAGAUGAUUAUUUUUAUCGUUAUGAAAAUAAAAAAAGUGGAAUUGAUCAGGGAGAAGAAAUGAAGGAAAAUGAAACAACAGACUGCAUAGUUAAUGUAAAAAGAAUAUUAAAUUAUAUAAAAGAAUAUGAGUCUGAUUUUUUAUUAUUUUUUAACGAAAAAAAUUCGACAAGUUUAAUUUUUUUAAAAUAUAUAAUUAUGAAUUAUAUUACAUAUAUUAUGUACAUAGAUACCGGUGUAAUAUAUAUCGGAGAAAUAAAUGAAAACAACGAAAAGAAUGGUUUAGGUAUAAUUAUAACACCAGAUCAGUGUAUAUAUAUUGGUGAAUUUGAUAAUGAUAAAAUAACAGGAUUUGGAUUAUAUAUACAUUAUUCUAAAAGUAAAUAUAUAGGAUAUUGGAAAUAUGGAAAAGCAAAUAGUUAUGGGAUAUUUAUACACCCUGAUGGAACAUUUUACAAAGGACUAUGGUUAAAUGAUAAGCAAAAUAAAAAAGGUAUAGAAUAUGUUAAUAAUAAUUAUAUAUUUUUAGGAAAUUAUGUUAAAGGAGAAAAAAAUGGUUUUGGAGCUUUUAUAUGGAAAAAUGAAUCUAUUUAUAUAGGGCAUAUAAAAAAUAAUUUUUUUAAUAAAAGAGGUAUAUAUUUUUUAAAUAAAAAUAAAAUAUAUAUAAGCAAAUGGAAAUAUAAUUGCUUACAUGGAAAAUGUGAAAUAUUUUGGAUAGAUAAAAGACAAUAUUUAGGGCAUCAUAUCAACAACAAUAAACAAGGAAUAGGAAUAUAUAAAUGGAAUGAUGGACGAAUUUAUUUUGGUAAUUGGAGUAAUAAUAAACAAGAUGGACAUGGAAUAUUUAUUAUAAUAAAAAAUUUUAAAAAUUAUGAAAAUUAUAUAAAUAAUCCUUUUUUUCUUUUUUUUAAAAAUACACAAAAAAUAAAAAAAUAUUUUUUAUUAAAUAUUAAAAAAGAAGAAUUUUUACAUACUGGACAAAUUAAUCAACUACUUCAAAAAAUUGAAAAUAAUUGCCAUAGUUAUAAUUUUUAUUAUUUUUUGCUUACAUUAUUACAUAUAAAUUAUUAUGAGUUAUGUUCAUCCUAUUUUGAAUUUCUUAGGAUAAAGAAAUUAAAUAAUUUUAAGUAUAAUUUUGAAUUCUAUCGAAAAAUAAAUACCCAUAUAUCUUCUGCAACAAAUGAAUAUAUAAUUGGCAAUCUGUCUGGGGAUAAUCCGCAAAUUUCUAAUUCUAUCUUUUGGUUAAACCCUGAAGAAAAAUUUAACAAAGAUGAGUUAACAGAUAAAAAAAAAAUAAAAAAUGGAGAAGCUAUGAAACAAGUUCGAGUUGCUUCCAACUUUGAAAAUAUAACAUACACAUAUGAGAAGGAAGGUAACACAACUGUUCCUUUACGUUAUGAGCAAAAUGAAAAUGAUUUUGAAGAUAUUGAAAAUUUAAAAAAUUAUUUAAAUUCGAUAAAUUUAAGCUAUAUAAACGAAAAUGAUAUAAAUAUGCAACAUCCCUUAUUUUCUUAUGCAUCAAAUAAUAUUAUUGUUAAAUGGGGAAAAUGGAAAAAUGGUGAAUUACAAAACUGGAUUUAUUCUACUGAAAAAGAUUUGAAUGGUGAAAAUGCUCAGAUGAAUCCUGACCAAAUUAUGGAAUAUAGCGAAGAAAUAAUAGGGAAAAAUAUAAAAGAAAAGACAAAAAAAAAAAAAAAAAAAAAAAAAUCAGAUAUUCUUUUCCAUAACAAUUACAAUAUUAUUGAUAACUUCCUAAACAACUUGUCUUCUUCUGCCCUAAGCAAUAUCUAUAAUAAUAAAAAAAAUGCACAAAAAAAAAAACGAACUCAAACACUUAUGAAAAAAAAAAUAACGGAUAAAAAUAAUAAAAUAAUGAAAAAACAGUCUGAAGAAUCUUCUAGUGAAAAGGAAAAUAUUUGGAUAGAUGAACUGAAGAAAAUAAAACGAAAUAAAGAUAAUACUGAGUUAGGAAUAAAUAUGAAGGGUAAUAAUAAAAAAGGUAUUCAUAAAGAUGAAAAUAAAGAAAAAAAAAAAAAAUUAUUGCACACAUCCUCCUCUAGUACAAGUGUUGAUAUGUCUACAGAAAGCGAGUCACUAAAUUCGUUUGAUAUGGAAGGUACAAAAAUUAGAAACCAAACAGAAAUAGGGAAUAAUAAAAAUCAUAGUCAAAAUACUGAUAUCAAUAUUAGCAAAUCAAGUUCUUCAAUUGAAAUGAAAAAAAGACAAGAAAAUGAGGAGCCAAAUAUAAACACUAAUAAGGAAAAAGGGUUUUAUAAUAAUAUUUUAAAUAAAAACAAAAUAAAUGAUAAAUCUAAUUUAGUAAAUUUUUCAAAUUUUGAAAAAUAUCAUAAAUCAGAUAGUGAAAAAAGUAAUAAUGAUAAAGACCAAAAUUUUAAAAAGGAAAAAAAUUUGAGAACAAAUAUAAAUUUGGAAUUUAUAAAAAAAAAUAGAGAUAUAUUUGAAGACAAAAAAAAUAACAAUUAUUAUGAAGAAAAUAUACCCUCAUCAAAAGAUAGUAAUAGUAAGGAUAAAAUUACAAAACGAAAUAAAAAAAAAAAUGGUAUAAUAAAACAUGGACAUAUAAGUAACAGUUAUAGUAGUCGAAAAAGUGUUAAUAGUUAUGAUAAAAUUGAGAGGAAAAAAAAAGGAAAAAAUCGGAUAAAGGGAAAUGAAGAAUAUAAAAAGCCUGUUAUUUCUCAAAAUUAUGAUUUACCAAAAAAAGGAUUUUCAUUAAUAUGGAGUCUUAAAAAAAUGAAAAAUGCACACAAAUAUGCUAAGGAUGAUAUAGCAUUUGAAGCACCAGAAAAAAGUAAUUUUAAUGAAAUGGAUCAUGAUAAAGAAAAUAUUAAAAAAACAAAACAGUCUUUUUUUAAAAAAAUUUUAGGAGUUAGUAAAGUUAAUCAAAAAAAAUAA